UCUCCGACAAUUAUCCUUAUAUUGCGCACACGCCUCUACACAUGGAUACAGGGAAUCAUGAACGAGAAGGAGAAACCUCGCCAAAACGACAACAAUCCCACCGGUCGGGUUCGAUCGACAGCUGCAUGCGAUGCCUGUCGAGCGAGGAAAGUCCGAUGCAUCUAUUUGCCAGACAAAAUCAAAUGCUCCAUGUGCACGGAGCUCGGCGUAGAGUGUACCCAGGUUCGACCACGGAAGAAGCGCGGGCCUAAAAAUCGCUACGUUGAAUCCCUACGAGCACGACUCGAUGUCGAACCCGGUAUCGACCCGUCUUUUGGCGACAGUCCCGAUCUAUCCUCUCCAAGCCUUCCGGCUACCUCGCCUCAAUCAAUAUCAUGCGACAUCGAGCACAUAGCGUCACUGCCGGUUCUCCAACAGCUUGUAGAGGAUUGGUUCGGAUGGAUCCACCCUGUCGCUCCAAUUUUCCAUCGAGCCCAGAUACUAGAUCGCAUAAUGCAGGCCCAGACUGCGAACAACGGUUCCGAUCCCUCGUUCCUCAUCCUGGUGGCAUCGCUGUGCGCUGCAGUUGUAGCCAGUCUGCGCAGAAGACGCGGACUUUACGGUGCAGUAACCGUAGAUGGUUGCUUUGAUACAGCCGAGCGUCUGGGACUGUGGGACCGGCAUAGGCGAAUUUCCUUGGAGUGGGUGCUAGCCAUGUACAAUUUUACGAGUGCUACGCACCACGAGCAAGGUAUUGGGUCCCCACUGGCUCACCGGUUAAGCGCGGAGACUGCCAUGGGCGUCAAGUACUUGCUCUAUCACGAUUUUGAUCAGAUGUCAAUACUUGAUCAACAGGUCUUGAAAAGGCUGUACUGGCUUAUCUACGCCGCACAAUGCACGUUCGACAUGCAUGGAUGGCCAUUACUUGUCUUGCGUCAGGCGUAUGAGCAAGUCAAUGCGCUAAUACCACUAGAUGUUCCGGUCGAGGGCUUGGUUGAGGGUAUUUCCGAGGCAUCGCAUGCCUUUCCAUCGCAAUCUUACAUCCCGGGGCUCAAUGCACUUGCUCGUCUGUUUUUAAUCUGGCAGGCCAGCCAGAGUGUUCCCAUCAAAACCAUGGAGCACCUGCAAGAAAGUAUGAAGCAGGCUCAACAAGCGCUAGCUGACUUGCCGCCCCAGCUGAAGUGGAGAAGUCGGCCGGGAAGCCCGAUGAAUGGAGAAGACCGCGUGGUUGACGGUGACUUCGGCACGGACGUGCAGACCGUCAAUCUAAAAGUCACGCAGCUGCAUAUCCGUGCGAAUCUUCUAGAGCAGAUGAAUGGCCUUGCACGCGCGCAAAAUGUAUUACUCACUCCAACCUUCAUAUCCGAGGAGCGGCACCGUGUGGUGGACGAGCUUUUGGACCUGUUGUACCACAUGCCGAACGAGGUAUUCGAUGCCAAUGGUUACAGUGUCGUUCCUAAAAUUCGCGAUAUUGGAGGCGCCUUGUUGGAUGAAGUGCGAACAGGGGUGUUUGGUGCAAAUCAACAAGCGUCACUGAAUUUGAACAGACUCCUCGCGAAACUAGAGGAACUCGACGUCCGAUGUCAAGAAGACCAGCUACAAGGCAAUUUUAUCUAG